AUGCGCCGCCGACCAGCCUACCACUACCAACAGCAAGCAGCUGCAGGUAUAGUAGUGACAGUCCUGCUGCUCCUCCUGGUGCUGGCUGACGCAGCAGCAGCAGCCGGUGGCGGCCAUGAUGAUGAUGAAUAUGAUGAUGGCCAGCCGAUCGGGCUGAUGCCGUACUGCACCACCAGCUGCGGCGGCGUGAGAGUGCCCUACCCCUUCGGCAUCGAGCCCGGCUGCCAGCUGCCCGGGUUCAACCUCACCUGCUGCAACAACCACACCUACAGCCAUCCGCGGCUGCUCUUCUGGAUCGCCGGCGACCACUACGUCAUCACCAAAAUCUCUGUCAACACCAUGCGCUUCUGGCCGCGGCACGAAAUCAAGGAGCCGUCCCUGCGGCCGGAGCCGGAGGAGAAGGUGGUGCACAAUGAGACCACCGACCGCCCGGGCUGCCACCUCUUCAACAAGGAGCUGGUCAUGGAUUGGGAGGUGGGGUCCGACGCCCUGAGGGAGCUGCGUCCUAACCAGACGCGCCCCGGGGACGCCACGUGCCCUCGGGAUCUUGACAGCCGCACGGCGUGCCACAGCAGCCACAGCACCUGCACGGCCACCAUCGGUCCGUACAAGCUCUGGAGGAACGGCCUCAAUCACACCACCGGCUACUUCUGCAAGUGCGAUAAAGGCUACCGAGGCAACCCUUACCUCCCCAACGGAUGUCAAGAUAUCAACGAGUGCAAGCUUCGCCAUAAAUAUAAAUGCUUUGGUAACUGCAUAAAUCUACCUGGCAAAUUUUUGUGCGAGUGCCCAAAGGGAACUGCCGGCGACCCCUCCAAGCCAAAUGGCUGCCUACCGCCACAUGAUCCUGAUACAGGGCUAAUCAUUGGCCUAGGAGCUGGAAGUGGUGGGAUCCUUAUGGUUCUAGUUAUAGGCAGCACAUUUAUAAUUCGUAUAAUCCAGAGACAAAGGAAGAAAAGGAUGAGACUGCUGUUAUUCAUACGGAACCGAGGGCAACUGCUGCAACAACUAAUGUGCCACAUGGCAGACAUAGCAGAAAGAAUGAUCCUUCCUCUAGAAGAGCUAGAGAAAGCCACCAACAACUUUGACAGAGCUCGUGAGCUUGGCGGUGGAGGGCAUGGCACAGUAUACAAGGGAAUUUUGUCGAGUCUACAUGUGGUGGCAAUUAAGAAGUCAAAGAUAGUGAUACAAAGAGAAAUCGAUGAAUUCAUCAACGAGGUUGCUAUUCUUUCUCAAAUAAACCAUAGAAAUAUUGUGAAGCUUCUUGGAUGUUGCCUUGAGACAGAAGUUCCUUUACUCGUUUAUGAGUUUAUUUCCAACGGCACUCUUCAUAAUCAUCUUCACAUGGAAGCUUCGGUAUCACUAUCAUGGAAAGAUAGACUGAGGAUUGCAGUUGAAAUUGCCAAGGCUCUGUCAUAUCUUCAUUCACUCGCUUCAACGCCAAUAAUUCAUAGAGAUGUGAAGUCUCCUAAUAUACUUCUUGAUGAUAAUUUGACGGUAAAGUUAUCUGACUUUGGAGCUUCAAGGUAUCUUCCAAUUGAUCAGACCGGGAUGGAUACUACAGUCCAAGGAACAUUCGGAUACUUGGACCCUAUGUACUAUAGCACGGGGUAUCUUACCGAGAAAAGUGACGUCUAUAGUUUUGGUGUGAUCCUGAUAGAGUUGCUUACCAGAAAGAAGCCCGUUUCAUACAGAUCCCCUCAGGGACAUAGUCUUGUAUACCAUUUCGUGACUCUACUGUCCGAAGGCAACUUAGCUUGCAUAUUGGAUCCACAAGUGUCCAAGGAGGGAGGUGGAGAAAUUGUCGACAUUGCUUUGUUAGCAAAGAUGUGCGUGAAUGCCAUAAGCAAGGACCGGCCAACGAUGAGACAAGUGGAAAUCAUGCUCGAAAGCAUUCAUGCAGCAAAGGAAUAUGCCUCGAGCGACGAUAUGACGGAUGAAUCGGAGGAAAAUUACAGUCCAAGGAAUGACGACCUAUCCGGUUGAAG